AUGGCAAAACCCUCACAAUUAAGAUUUGUCAGCAGACAUCUUCACCAAAUUGUGUCAAAACCUUCGUCCAGUUCCAGUCCCACCAGCAUUAACACUUUUCGUUCCGCGAAGAAUGAUCCCAGAUUCAUUGGAAACUCCACUUUCCCAUCUUGGGCAUCAACUAAUUUUCAGAAAUCCCAAUUUUCAUCAUCCUCUAAUAUUUCACGGUUUUGUGGAAAAUUAAACCCAUAUGCUGAUUCUUUUCCUGGUAGGAACUUUCUGGGUUUUAGAUUCUUGUCGUUUAAGAAUCACUACAUGGGCUCUAAAAUUUUUGCAAAAUAUCUGGGCAAAAACGUUGGUUCGGCUGUUACGAAUACAUUUGCUCAGUACAAGGAGGCUUUUGUGAUGCAAAUUGAGGCAUUCUGGAAGAGAAAUUAUCUGGUGGUUCUAGGUGGAGGUGGUGUUGUGGUCUCCAUUUUCCUUUGGAGGGUCUUGUUUGGAAUUGCCAAUACUUUUAUUGGUUUCUCUGAGGGCAUGGCCAAAUAUGGGUUUUUAGCUCUUUCUUCUGCUAUAGUCGCAUUUGCUGGCUUGUACUACCGCUCAAAGCUGACAAUCAAUCCGGAUAAAGUUUAUAGAAUAGCUAUGAGGAAACUCAAUACAUCAGCUGGAAUUCUUGAGGUUAUGGGCGCACCACUUGCAGGAACAGAUUUGAGAGCAUAUGUGAUGUCGGGGGGAGGUUUUAGUUUGAAGAAUUUUAAGCCAAGGUUAAGAAGCAAAAGGUGUUUUCUCAUUUUCCCUAUAAGUGGUUCAGAAAGGAAAGGAUUAGUCAGUGUUGAAGUCAAGAAGAAGAAAGGCCAGUACGACAUGAAGUUAUUGGCCGUAGAUGUUCCCAUGGCUAGUGGGCCCGAUCAACGGCUGUUUUUGAUGGGUGACGAGGAAGAGUAUAAAAUUGGUGGUGGCCUAAUUUCGGAGCUGCGUGAUCCGGUCGUGAAAGCAUUGGCUGCAGCCAAGGAGUUUGAUGCUCGUGAUGAGUUGGAGGAUGAGGAAGAUGCUGCCAGGGAACUUGAAGAGGCUGAAAGAAGAAAUCGUGAAGAAAUCGAAAAGCUUGAAUCGGCCAACUCUCAGUAG